GUCGUGUCACUGACCCAUAUCAAGUUCUUUCUGAGUGGAUGAACCAUUUUCUCUGAUCUGAAAUUUCUAAAUUAUAGUUCACCCGGCUUUAGUAGGCAAAGCUACUUAAUUUCCUAUUCAUUCAAAAUGAAUUAUCUGCCAUGUUUAACUAUACUUAUAAUAGUUGUCGCCUUUUCCUAUGCAAAGAGAUCAUCAGACUGGAAGAAAUGGCCUCCACAAAUACGUAACAGAUACCUGCAUGCUUUAAAAAUUAGCUUAAAAAAUCGUCUUAACAAUAAAAUACCAAACAAUGCCCAAUUUUUGGGUAAACAAGUUGAUGUUACCCAUAAAGUAUAUUUUGAUAUCACUUCUGAUGGAAACAAACUUGGUACUAUUGUAAUUGGACUUUUUGGGAAAGUUGUACCCAAGACUGUAAAUAAUUUCAUUGCUUUUGCUGGUAAUGGAUACCAAGGAAAGAAGUAUGAAGGUUCAAAAUUUCACAGAGUUAUUAAAGACUUUAUGAUUCAAGGAGGUGAUGUUGUAUCGAUGGAUGGAUCUGGUUCAAUUUCCAUAACUGGAGAAAAAUAUUUCCCUGAUGAAAAUUUUGAGUUAAAGCAUACAGGGCCAGGAAUCCUUAGUAUGGCUAAUGCUGGUAAAAAUACAAAUGGAUGUCAGUUUUUUAUUACAACUGUUGCAACACCAUGGUUAGAUGGUCAUCAUGUUGUCUUUGGUAAAGUUCUCCAAGGUAUGGAUGUCGUAAACACUAUUGAAAACGUUAAAACAACACCAGAAGAUAAGCCAAUUAAAGAUGUUGUUAUUAGUAGAUCAAUUGUGGAAGAAGUGAAAGAGAAAUUGCAAGUGAAAAUGGAUCUAUAAGGAAUUCCUUUGCUGUUUUUUAUAAAGUUUUUUUUAUAUAAAAAAACUGGUUUUGAUAUACUUAAUCAAUUUUUGAUAAAUGCAAGUAUACAGUUACUUGUUUCUUGUUGCUUUUAGAAGGUAGCGUAAUUUAUCUUGUCUCAAAUCCAGACAAAAAUUAAAAAAAUUGCAUCUAACAUAUUUUUGGCAGGUGUUCUUUUUUAAACUGUUAUAUCAGUAACUCAGUAUUAAAAAUAGCUAUGCAAUAAUAUACAACCAUUUGUAGGUUGCAUUUUCUGUAUAAAGAGAAGAGGGGGAAAAAACUAGUAUUUUUUAAAACUUUAUAUAUAAAAAUAUACUUUUUGUAUAAAAGCAAUAAAUUAAGUGUAGUUUUAAAAUUUCAUUAACUGCAAGAUAUUUGAAAGUGUAUGCACAUUUCAGUAUCUUUUUUUAUUCAUGUUUUUUUAUUAAUAUUAAUUGCAGGACAAGUUCUGAUAAUUGAUGUAAUUGGAUAAAUAAUUCUUUGUUUUUAUUUUUAUACUUAAGUCUAUUCAGAUAUUUAUGUGCCAAAGAUUGAAAAAUUUGAGCUUGUAUUUUCCUAAAAGUUAUUAGUAAUUUAUUAGACCAAUGUAACUUUUCUAUGCAGCUAUAUUUCUAAUAAAAUGUUUGAAUAAUCAG